AUGAAUUAAAAUCUGAUUUAUCUUGAGGAAAUGAUUUAACGCAAUUCAUUUAUACUUUAUCUUUAUAUUAUAAGAUUUCCUACAAAUCUUUAAGAGUAAUAAUAGUUAAUACAAAUCAUCAAGAAUUAAAAUAUCUAAAUUAUUUAUUAUUUUGGAACUUAAUCCUUCAUCUUCGAAAACUUACAUGUACCUAAUAUAUCAUUAGAAAAGGAAGAAUAAAGAGAAUAAGUUAUAUAAAAAAUGAAAGUAUUUUAAUUAGAAUAUAAUAGACAGAAUUAACAAAACAAAAUAAUAAUAUUGGUUUGAUGUGUACUAAAACAUGUGAAAAGAGUUUAUAGAUUUAUUUUCAUUAUAUGGUUUAGAUAGAAUAAAGAAAAUUUGAAGAUUUUAACUUUAAAGUAUUAAAAUAUAUACUCUUAGCUAUUUGAACAAAUUUGGACAUAAGAAUAAUUGAAAUUGAUGUAUGAACAAAUCAACAACAAUAAAAAAAUUACAAUAUUUGAUUAUAAUCUCCUUUUAACUAAUUCAAAUAUAGGUUCACAAAUCUCUAGGGAAUAAAUUUAGAGUUAAGUUGUUUCAUCAGAAUAACCGUAGAAAGAAUUAAUAUCAUAAAGCCUAAAUGAUGAUAAUCUGAUGUAAAAAGGAUCUUAAUAGUAAUCCUCAAUACAACAAAAAAGCAAUAUUUUAGGAUUAGAUGAUUAAGUAAUAUCAGAAAUUUUACCUGUUUCACAUUUUUUUUAAAAUUCACAAUUAUCAGAAAUUACAAAUAGUGAAAAUAAUAUUAGAUCUACUUAGCAUUCACUUAGGUUUGAAUCCAAAUACUAAUUACCACAAAGUAUUACAUUUGUCAAUUUUAUCCCUAAGAAUGGUUUUAGAUGUUUGGAAUGA